GCCAGAUGCGUGGGUGGUGGCAGUGAAGAAGAGAAGGAGAGCGCAAAACGAGCGAGCGAGCGAUCAUAUGGUAGCGCCGACGAUGGGACUCCCUCCUGGUCUAGCUUGUCAGUGCUUCAUGAAGUGUUGUGCCGUACCCGUGCAAGAUCUCUGACCGAGCACGACCCUGACGGAACCCGCGAAACCUUCGAGUCCCUAGACUAUAACUGGGAAGUUUAGAAAAAAGCCACGCGCGACAUCGCUUCCUAGCGAGUUUCUCUUCGAGAUAGAUACGAGAUUCGAGAUAGACGAGGUAGAAGUGAUAACAAAGCAUGAAGGAGAAGAAGAUACCGCUGUCUUAACAUUUGCUUUGUGAUCAAGUGAAUAGAAUAGCAUCAAGUUUCGAUCAUCAGUGAUGAAUCUUAAUAGACUAUGUUAAUAAGUGUCAAAUAUAUAUAUAUAUACGUUAAAUAAUCUUGAUAAACAGAAUUAUACUGUUCCGACGUUAAUUGUUAUGCGAUAAGAAACACCUAAAGCUACCGAUCGAUCAUCUCGGUACAUAAUAUAAUAUCUAAUUUAAAAUCUUUUCACCCCGAUCGAUAAAUAAGACUGUCCUAAAUCUGCAAUCUUCACGAAGAAAUAUUUUAUUAAAGUUCUAAAUGUAUAUAGAAAGAUGUAUGAAGUAAAUACAGAUUAUAAAUCACAGAUGAACUGUACGAAGAAGAUAUUAUGUAUUACGUGCAAUUCAAAAGAAGAAGAAAAACAGAAAAAAGAAAAAAGCAAAUGGGAAUUGGCAAUUCUUCGCGAAAAAUACAGUCACAUUGUUUAGUAGUAGUGUUGAAAUGAAGUGGAUUGCUGUUCGUUGCAAAUUCUUUCUGAAGUAACAUCUGUCAAGAAUCAUCUCAAGCAAAUUAUAGAACGAACAAAAAUUGAACAACGAAGACAGCAUUAACGGUGAAAUAUUGAAGAUACCCUUGGCAUUCACCUCGCAUUUCCUCUUCCAGAAAAAGUCAUCAUGGCAGUCGAUAAUCCGUCAUACUUCUCGCUGUCCGGUGGGGCAUCGUCGUCGACGAAACCGACAACGACGGCGACGACGGCGACGACGACGACGACGUUGGUAUCCCCGACAUCGCCCAGGGGUUUCUCCGCUUUAUUUCGCCGGAGAGCCUGCAAAAUGGGCGCGGCUUCGUCUCAGGGUGGCGUCCUGAUCUCGGAGUCCACGUCCAACGCGUUGAUGCUUCACGAUGGUCGCGGUAGCGCGUCGGGCACAUCGACGCCAUCGACGCCGAUAGAGGAACGUGUUCCGAUGCUAUCGCGAAACGGCGCGAUCCAUCCCGGAUGCGGCAAGAGGAGAAGCUUCCGCAAUCUCUUCCGGUCCGUGAGCGCGAAUGCGGAUCACGAGAAGACACAAAAGUUCCUCAAAGGUGACCCAAGACCGUCCGACGUUGCGCCACCGUCACCAUACUUACCUCACAGAUCACAUUCGCACUCCGAGAAAGAUCGGCGUCAUCCUGGCCGACCUAGGAGAGUCCUGAAAUCUGCCAGCGAACUUCUGUCCAACGAUAUGGUGUAUUGCGGUUUAACGGGCAAUUCCAAAGCUCGUAACGACGAUGAUGACAACAGCAACGACGAUGACGAUACCGCAGAAGUCUUCUUUGGCAUGGACGACGCCAGAUAUUACAAUGUUUCCUCAACUCUUCCCUCAACCGCCAAUCGAAGAAGGCACUCGAUCGGUACUUUUUUCGGGAAAGAAACAGGCGCAUCCGGUAAUGUCGUAGCUCCUGGAAGAACGGGAGGACCCAGGAAUCUAUUGGAAACAGAUACAAUGGCAACUCUAUGCGUCGACAAUAUCGAUGGCGUGCAUUGCAACGAGGGCAAACAAUUAUCUAGCAACAGAACCAGACGUAAAAAACACAAGAGCUCGUCUAAUAAAGGGUCGCAUUCAGCUACAGCUUUAUCAAGGGACGGACACGCAGAGGAUGAUGUCGUCUUCGUUUCUAGUAAGGAAAGCGAAGCUUCUAAUACAUGGGUUAUCUACCUCACCGCGUGUUUUGAGCAAAUCAGUCGUCAGCAAGGGCGACCUCCAUUCAAAGUACGUCAUAUCGCGAUCGAGGAGCCGAUAGCAUUGAAGACGGAAGAGAAGAUCCGAUCUUCUCGCCUACAAAUUGUCAUCGUGUGCCCAAUAUUGCUGGAACGUGUUCGACUUAGCCCGGAACACGCUGUUCAUCUAACCAACCAUCUGGUCGCCGAGAAAGUACUGGCAAUGAUGCUGGGCGUUCAUGAAAGUCAUAUCAAUGAUAUACAUAGGUCUAGCCUGAUUUCUUACGAUCAGUGGAGAAAAUUUUUCACUUUUGGUUUUAAUUCUACUGAUCGAGAACAAUUGGACAAUUGGAUGGUUCACGCAUUUCAGAAAAACAUCCCUCCUCAUUUCAAUCUCUUAGCCACUCCAAACGGAAUGGUGCCUGCCCAUAAAAAUUACACGAGUCCAGAAGAGAAUCCGACGUUGCUACAUUUCGCCGCGCGAUUUGGCCUAGAGAAACUGGCAUGGCAAUUAUUGGAAUGUCCUGGUGGCGAUCUGGCAUGCGACUUGAGAAAUGUUUCCGAGUUGACACCAGCCGAUCUCGCUGAACAAGCCGGACACACAAGACUGGCCCAUCAACUACGGGGCUACAUGCAAAUGAACGAGUUCACCAACAUGUAUAGCUACCUCAAAGUCAUAAGCCAAACAACGAACCGAUCAACAGGAACGGGUUCAACCAUGGAUGUCCCAUCAACAAUCGCGAGUGAAAUCAGUAACGAAAAAGAAGAUUAUUGUCAACCAAGGCCUUUGAACGAGGCUUAUUUGGUACCACCGAUCGCGAGACCAGUAACGACUCUGAUCCCGAAUUUACAAACGACGAGCAUCUCUAACACAUUCACGAAUAAUCCCUUAGCUGCGAAUUAUUCGAUCGUACCAACGCCUACGCCAGUAAUUAAUAACCAGUUGCCGUCCACACCCACGACCUCAGUCACGUCAAAUGGAUUGGAUAUGUCAUUCCAAGGUUACAUGAAAAUGCAUGCCACCGAUUAUUCUUCUUCUGCGAAUUCUUUUCAUCAUAAUCUAAUUGGUUCAAAACCGAAUACAACAAAUUUACCACCGUCCCGAACGGGCACUCCUACUCAAAAUAUUCGCCAGGAAUGUGUUCAAAAUCCCUUGGGAGCACGAGAAGACAAUUGCAGUCAGAAAAUAUCAUCCCAAAAUCAUCUCUAUGGCAGGACGUCGUCCAACAGCAGCACCAAAUCCCGGGAGCCAUCAGGUCCUCAGGACGAGCUCUUGGAGAUCAUUAACGACUUCAAAAACAACGUUUUUACUAUAUCCGAAGUGGAAAGGCUCGUUGAAAAUUGGCAGAAACGAAACGAUGUUCAGCAAAGUUUCAAAGACAAACAGCGACAGCUUAUGGCAAUGCGGGAGGAAUAUGACAGGAUACAGAAGAGAUUGAAAGAAGAGAUGAAAACUCCAACGCCAUUCGACAAAAUACGAAAAUUCUUCUCCAAAGGAAAGAAAGAUACAAAAUCUGCUGUCAGUGAAUCAUCUAUGAACAAAACUGAAAAUAUUAAUAGUGGAUUAGCUGAUUGCCGGCCUAUCAGUAGUUUAAGUCUCCGUAGUAUCUCCAGUUCAUCCUCAUCUGGUAGAAUGAGCACUGUCAGCGGUUGCAGCGGUGCCAGCUUGGGCGACAGUGGAACUCAUUCCGACUCCGAAGACAGAAGACUCCAAAAUAUCAGAGAUGAGAAAGCUGGCAUGACAUCCUACGAGAUACCACCCGCGCCUAAGCCAUUUACAGGCAGAUAUUCACCAGCAUCCGGUUAUUCUCCAUCACCGAGUGUUUCUAUUUCGCGUGAUCUUGAUUUCCGACAUACUCAAUCAUCGUCCAGAGCCGAUAACGAGUACUAUAUCGCGUUCCCACCGUCAGGAUUACCCGUUCAUGCGUUUAAAGCGGACGGUUCUCCGAGGGAACCGGACACGCCGAACUCAUUAUGCGAUCAUCCGAGAUAUCACGACUUCCAAAAUGUUUCGCCGGACAAACCUCAAGAAGAAACUGAAGGGAUAAAACACGUUGCCAGUAACAGUUAUACUAACAUCGAACCGAUAUCGUCAAAUUUCAUUCCAGUCGUGCCGCCAGGAAUGUGCAUCCCAGACUGCACGAGUAAUGAAUCAACAUCUGCCGAUUCCGUUCACGUAGAUCGGCAAGUUGCGGGAGAACGUCACCUUGACGAUACUGCCGAAGCGUGUUCCGAUACCACAAAAGUGAAACCGUCGUUCGCUCAACCUGCCAUUGACGAGAUCGACUCCGCACUCGCUAUUCGAGGUCAAGAGACCGUCGGGACGACACACGAUGAGGAAAACGUAUCGACAAAUUUGUCGAACGUUUCGAGAAACAUGAACGAGGCCACCGAAAUUAGAAUGCCGGAAUACAUGAACCUUGCUGUUAAUAUAGGUCACGAUGCCGCCAAGAUUCUCGGCGCCAUACCAAAGAAAUUGCCUGCACCACCCGUGCCACCAAGAGGUACGGAGAGGCUUGAGUACCAAGGAUGCAUUUAUUAUUAAUUUUUAAGACUCACUAGUAUAUAAUCGUAAAAUGUAUUUUAUA